UGUCUUACAGGCUGCAGAGACCUUUGAUGGCGAACACAGUGGAAACCAAGCGAUGUCCCCUGCUGUCCCCUGGGCCACCUUUCCUGCAGGGGAACACGCAAUCUCCAUUGUGAGCCACCUUCAGAGUUUGUGAUAGGACCCGAGGACAGAGCUACCGAUGCCAAUGUGGAAUAAAGUGUCCGGAGUGCGUCUCUCACCAGCUUCUCCGGAGCUCAUUCUGGACCAUGACCACUCGUCUCCGUCCUCUGGCCGCCUCCCUUCCGAUGCUCUCAUCUCCUCACCAGAUGACACGCGUGCAGACAGCGGCCUCGUGAGUCAGACCAUCCCCAAGGCUCAGAUCCAGCAGUCAGCACACACACAUCUGAAUAUCCCACUUUUCCCGCUUGGCUUGACGGAUGAGACGAGCCAUGGAGCGAUUUCACUGGAGGACGACCCUGAGGGUCCUGGAGCCGACGUGUCCAGCUCACAGCUCCAGCAAAAAAUAUCAAGUCUGGAGACCAAACUCAAAGCGUCUGAAGAAGAAAAGCAGAGAAUUAAAAAGGAUGUGGACUCACUGAUGGAGAAGCACAGCGUCCUGGAGAAGGACUUCCUGAAGGAGAAGGAGCAGGAUGCCCUGUCCUUUCAAGCCAGAUACCGCGAGCUUCAGGAAAAGCAUAAGCAAGAACUGGAAGACAUGAGGAAGGCUGGGCACGAGGCACUGAGCAUUAUUGUGGAUGAAUAUAAGGCACUUCUACAGUCUUCAGUUAAGCAGCAGCUAGAUGCCAUCGAGAAACAGUACGUGUCUGCAAUCGAGAAACAGGCCCACAGGUGUGAGGAGCUGCUCCACGCUCAGCAUCAGAGGCUCCUGGAAGUUCUGGACACUGAGAAGGAGCUGUUAAGGGAAAAAAUCCAGGAAGCGUUGGCCCAGCAGUCGCAGGAGCAGAAGGAAACGCUGGGAAAGUGCCUGCAGGAGGAAAUGCAGAGAAACAAAGAGACGCUGGAGUCAGCUGUGAAGCUUGAGAAAGAAGUGAUGAAAGAUGUCAUCACCAAAGCAGUGGAAGAGGAAAGGAAAAAUCUGGAAAAAGUUCAUGCUGAAGAGCGGGAAAUGUGGAAAACAGAACAUGCAAGAGAUCAAGAAAAGGUAGCAGAGGCCAUCCAGGCCGCCGUGCAAGAGCAGCGGACGCUGAGUCAGGAGGCUGUCAAAGCAGCCAUAAUAGAGGAACAGAAGAGAGGCGAAAAGGCCAUGGCGGAGGCGGUGAAGAGAACGAGAGAGGAGCUGGUGGAGUACCUGAGAGAGCAGAGGAGGCUCGAUCAGGUCACCCGCCAGCGCAGUCUGUCCAGCCUGGAGCUCUUCCUGUCUUGCGCCCAGAAGCAGCUGAAUGCUCUCAUAGCUACAGAGCCUGCUGACGUGGAGUAAAGACGCUGGCCACCGUCCCUGCCAUCACACCUGCCUCCUCUGACGCUGUUCCUCGCCUGCACCCAGAAGCAGUGGCGUGCUCUAGCUGCCAUGGAGCCUGUUGGCAUUGAAUAAAAGGAACGCGACAGGCUACCUUCCCUGGCCUUGUGUCCAUCACUGGACUGCUAAUAGAUGCUGUCACUUAGAAAGAGGCUCUUGUUUUCUGUUUAAGCAGUUGAUUUCCAGGUCAAGGGCGAGCCAGAGCAGUAUCUAGAACCAUCUAUUCUUAUUCUCUGUUAUUUUAUUACAAGUAGCAGUGGAAGAAUAUGUAUGACCUAAAGUCAUGGGAAAGUGGCGUGCUAUGCAGAGUUCAUGGAGGGAACAGUACAGCUUCAGGUGGCCUGGUGACAGUUUUGGUGAUCUGUGUAACCGCACGUCUACUUGUUUCUCAGCAGCAGAGUGGGUGGAAACACUGACAUGGUCGUCGUUGUAACAAACCUGACCACUUCUCUAGAGGUCAAUCUGUGGGUUUUCAUUGAUUUAUCAUAUCAAAAAUAAACAACACUAGCUGGCCAGGCUUGGAGUAGCUGCCCCAGUUAAAUGGGGGUACCGUGGCACAGGCUCGCUUCCUGCCCUUCCUCAGGGGCUCUGAGAAUCAUGUGUCAUAAUCUAUUCUCUAGAAAGAACAUAACUUGGACUUCUAGACAUGUAUGGGAAUUUAAUCAAAAUCAGACAUAAGGGGUCAUCAGGGUGUUCUUAAUCCAUGAGCGGUGCUCUCCAGUAUCAAUCGUGAGCAGUUUGUGCCCUGGGACUGGCAGCAGGGACCUGUGCAGAUGUCGCGCUCAGCGGCUCUGGGCUUCUCUGGGAUUCCUCAGUGUAAUAAAAGAAGCUCCCAAAACUCUC